CGGGGCAAGAAUAUAGACCCGGAUGUUUUGGGGGUUAAAGGCGGAAGUAUCGAAGUUCUCGCUUCGUGUGUAUGAGGGGCGUCGGUUAUGGCGACCACGGCUGCUGCUGCUGUCGCCCCCGAGGAAGCCCGACAGCAAACCGUUAAACAGGAUCCUGCAGUUGAAACAGCAGAAGAAGCUACGGAACCAGCAGAGGCAGAUAUCAAUGAACUUUGUAAGGAUAUGUUUAACAAAAUGGCCAUUUACCUAACAGGGGAACUAACAGCCACUAGUGAAGACUACAAGCUGUUAGAAAAUAUGAACAAACUUACUAGUCUGAAAUACCUAGAAAUGAAAGAUAUUGCUAUAAACAUAAGUAGAAACUUGAAAGACUUGAAUCAGAAAUAUGCCGGACUUCAGCCAUAUCUGGAACAAAUUAACUUAAUUGAAGAGCAGGUGGCAGCCCUAGAACAGGCUGCCUACAAGCUGGAUGCAUAUUCAAAAAAACUUGAAGCAAAAUACAAAAAACUGGAGAAGCGAUAACAGACUUUGUAUAAUGGGACUUCUAAAAUGCAUGGCUCUUUCUUGGAAGACAUGGGAUGGUGUAUGAUGGAACUGCCACAUUUUGCAAAACAUGGGUUUCAAAAAAUAUUGUUGAACAGACUUAUGUGGAAACUAUUUGGAGCAGUGGUGGCUGCCCUUAUGUAAGACUGAGAUCUUUCCCCUUUUGAAAAAAAAUGUUUUAUUAUUUUUAUUAUUCUUUUUUUUCCCCCCAGAAAACUAAUACAGAAGCCACUGUUAACUGCUUUACCAGACUGACACAGUAAUGGUUUCGGUAACACUUGCUUCCCUAAUUGACCAAAUGGAGGCCACUUCUGUGCGUUGAGUAGUACUUUAUUUGUGACUGUGGAAGCUUCCAAUGGGCUGUCCACUAAAAUAGUUGGCUCUGCUAUAAAUCAUGCUCUUUUUAAAGAAGUAAACAACACCUGGAAAUUAA